AUGGAUUCGACUAGAACAAUAUCGGAAUUAAAGUCGGCAUUUGUACGAAGCCAGGUUCGAAUCCUCUCUGAAAAACUCGAGCUCCCCCGAGACUGGCGAAGCUAUGCGGUGGAGACUGAGGAGGGCGACCUUGGCGAGAAGGUGAUUGAAGACGUACUGCACAAAGGUAUGUUCCCUGUUUCCCGUGAUACGAGCCUCUUUUAUGAAACUAUUGGACUUCCAUGCGUGCCUAUCAAGAAUGCGAGUACUAAGUUACCACCAGUCAACGCGACUGCGAAACAACAUAAUCGCGUUGUCUAUUCUUCGCAAGCAAUCCACCAUGUGGCCCACCAGAUUGCUACUCUCUACUGGUCCUCCAUCAGCCAAGAAAAUUUCCUCGACGCUAUGCUUCAUCUCGAAUCCUCACCGACAUUGCUUAGGAACAUUACCAACCUACCAUUGGAAAUCGAGUCUCAGGGUGCAGGCCACGAAGAGACUGCAAGAUACCAGCAGCUCCGGGAGCGACUGGCUAGUCUGGACCAGCAACGCCAGCAACGACAACGGCGGUUGGAUCAACUACGACAUUUACAAAGACUCACCGAGCCAUUCAAGGAUCCCCAGAAGAAUAUUCAGCCCAAUCUUGUCACACGAGACGGCGAGCUGAUUCAAGAAUUGGAAAAGAUGCGCAUGCUCGUGGCGCGAGUAGGGGGGAGGAUUGCACAGCAGAAGAAAAGCAACAACUUUCAAGAGGACCAAGAGUACCUCCUGCCCGGGUCAGACCGGAGAUUGGAGGCCCUACUGGACACAGGUAUGACUUGA